GGCGCGGACUACGACUCCCGCCAGGCGCCGCGGCGCAGCGCAUGAGCCCUGCUCGGCUCCGGCGCGUCUAUUAUGCUGCCGGGGCCGGCGAGCCAAAGAGGAGCCGGCCGCGCGGGCCCGGAGGGGACGGCUCCGGAGCCGCUGAGGCCAAGUGUUGCCUGGUUGGGCCUAGAAAUGGGAUGCCGAGCCUCCUCAGGGAGCACAGACGGUGCAGGGGCCUCCCGGAGCAGCGGCCGUGACGGCCAGUGAGCGCGAGCGAGCUGCUGGAGGAUGUCCACCACCACUGCGGCCGCCCCCGCGGGGAUCCCGGCGGCCCCGGGCCCUGCGAACCCGCCCCCGCCGGAGGUCUCCAACCCCAGCAAGCCUGGCCGCAAGACCAACCAGCUGCAGUACAUGCAGAACGUGGUGGUGAAGACGCUCUGGAAGCACCAGUUUGCCUGGCCCUUCUACCAGCCCGUGGAUGCGAUCAAGCUCAACCUGCCUGAUUAUCAUAAAAUAAUAAAAAACCCAAUGGAUAUGGGGACUAUUAAGAAGAGACUAGAAAACAAUUAUUAUUGGAGUGCAAGUGAAUGUAUGCAGGACUUCAACACCAUGUUUACAAACUGUUACAUUUACAACAAGCCCACAGAUGACAUAGUGCUAAUGGCCCAAGCCUUAGAGAAAAUUUUUCUGCAGAAAGUGGCCCAGAUGCCCCAAGAGGAAGUUGAGUUAUUACCCCCUGCUCCAAAAGGCAAAGGCCGGAAGCCGGCUGCGGGGACCCAGAGUGCAGGUACGCAGCAAGUGGCGGCCGUGUCCUCAGUCUCCCCAGCGACCCCCUUCCAGAACGUGCCCCCCACUGUCUCCCAGACGCCCGUCAUUGCUGCCACCCCCGUACCAACCAUCACUGCAAACGUCACAUCAGUCCCUGUUCCCCCGGCUGCUGCACCACCUCCUCCCUCGACACCCAUCGUCCCCGUGGUCCCUCCCACGCCGCCUGUUGUCAAGAAAAAGGGUGUGAAGCGGAAAGCAGACACGACCACGCCCACCACGUCGGCCAUCACCGCCAGCCGCAGCGAGUCGCCCCCGCCACUGUCCGACCCCAAGCAGGCCAAGGUGGUCGCCCGGCGUGAGAGCGGGGGCCGUCCCAUCAAGCCACCCAAGAAGGACCUGGAGGACGGUGAGGUGCCCCAGCACGCGGGCAAGAAGGGCAAGCUGUCGGAGCAGCUGCGGCACUGCGACAGCAUCCUCCGGGAGAUGCUGUCCAAGAAGCACGCCGCCUACGCCUGGCCCUUCUACAAGCCGGUGGACGCCGAGGCGCUGGAGCUGCAUGACUACCACGAUAUCAUCAAGCACCCCAUGGACCUCAGCACCGUCAAGAGGAAGAUGGACAGCCGGGAGUACCCCGAUGCACAGGGUUUCGCUGCUGACAUCCGGUUAAUGUUCUCCAAUUGUUAUAAGUACAAUCCGCCAGACCAUGAGGUGGUGGCCAUGGCCAGGAAGCUCCAGGACGUGUUUGAGAUGAGGUUUGCCAAGAUGCCAGACGAGCCUGUGGAGGCACCAGCGCUGCCCACCCCCACAGCCCCUGUGGUCAGCAAGGGCACGGAGAGCAGCCGCAGCAGCGAGGAGAGCUCUUCUGACUCGGGCAGCUCGGAUUCGGAGGAGGAGCGAGCCACGAGGCUGGCCGAGCUCCAGGAGCAGCUGAAGGCUGUGCAUGAGCAACUGGCCGCCCUGUCUCAGGCCCCGGUGAAUAAACCAAAGAAGAAGAAGGAGAAGAAGGAGAAGGAGAAGAAGAAGAAGGACAAGGACAGGGAGAAGGAGAAGCACAAGGCCAAGCCUGAGGACGAGAGGAAGGCCAAGGGCGCCCCGCCCGCCAAGCAGGCCCCGCAGAAGAAGGCCCCAGCCAAGAAGGCCAGCAGCACCACUGCGGCCAGCAGACAGCCGAAGAAGGGCGGCAAGCAGGCGUCCGCGUCCUACGACUCGGAGGAGGAGGAAGAGGGCCUGCCCAUGAGCUACGAUGAGAAGCGCCAGCUCAGCCUGGACAUCAACCGGCUGCCAGGCGAGAAGCUGGGCCGCGUGGUGCACAUCAUCCAGUCGCGGGAGCCCUCGCUCAGGGACUCCAACCCCGAUGAGAUCGAGAUCGACUUUGAGACUCUGAAACCCACCACCUUGCGGGAGCUGGAGAGAUACGUCAAGUCUUGCUUACAGAAGAAGCAGAGGAAGCCCUUCUCAACAAGCGGGAAGAAGCAGGCGGCCAAAUCGAAGGAGGAGCUGGCACAGGAGAAGAAGAAGGAGCUGGAGAAGCGGCUGCAGGAUGUCAGCGGGCAACUGAACAGCAAGAAGCCCGCCAAGAAAGAGAAGGCCGGCUCCGCGCCCUCCGGGGGACCGUCCCGGCUCAGCAGCAGCAGCUCCUCAGAGUCGGGGAGCAGCAGCUCCAGCGGGUCCAGCUCCGACAGCAGCGACUCCGAGUGAGCGGGCAGGCAGAGAGCAGGCCGGAGGCCGCGCGCCAGGGCCGCCGCGCCAGGCCACACCGACUUUGGUUCCAUGGUGUGCAGGUCUUCACUCAGCGUGAGGACCUCUCCAGUCUGCUCCAGUGGGUCAGAGGUCCUUCCUGUGCGUGCGACGGACUCGGAGGCGGCAUCAGCCCAGUCUUUCUUCGCCACUCAGUUCAGUUGCUCGGAGACGACAGCCUCAGUUGCUAACCUGGUAACAACCCCUGCGAGGUGGGACCUCGCAGAGCCCCUCUCAGCCCAAGCUGGGCUGUCACUGGAGGGAGACUUCUCAGAGGGACUUUCUCUGACAUGGGUACUGUAUUGAAAGCUUUGCCGGCAUGUGGCGUCUCUGCCAUUGGGCUCCAGCCCUCGUGCCUGCUGCGGUCAUCUCUGCAGGGGCUGAGGACAGGUGUGCCCACCGGCGAGGCCCAGUGGGUACAGCUCAGAGCAGAGCAUCGAGCGGGGUGGGCGUGUGGGGCAGCCCUCGGGUCUGGCCGUGGCGGCAGCAGCUCCAGGACGGAACCCAGCCGCUGUGUGGGCGGCGGACAGGUUUCCAACACUGAAACUUUUACCUCAGCUUAAAAAAAAAAAAAAGAAAAGAAAAAAAACAGAGAUACUUUUUUGUAAGGUUCAGUGGUUUUCUAUAAAAGUCCAGCCCGUGUGUCCCCACCUGAUCAGUGCUGCCCUGGCUGCCCCCGCACACUCUGGAACCACUUCCCUAGUUUAUGUAUAUAUAAAUACUUUAUUUAUUAACAUCAUUGGUCAUUUUUUAAAAAAGAAAAAAAAAAAAAGAAAAAGAAAAAAGAAAAAACCG